AGUGCUUCCGGGGCGGGCGUUACCAUGGCGGCGGCCUUGGCUCGGCUAGGCCUCCGGACUGUCAAAGAGGUUCGGGUUCAAUUCUGUCCUUUCGAGAAGAACGUGGAGUCAACGAGGACCUUUCUCCAGGCAGUGAGCAGCGAGAAGGUCCGCUCCACCAACUUUAACUGCUUAGUGACUGCAGAUGUGAGGCACGACGGCUCCGAGCCCUGUGUGGACGUGCUUUUCGGAGACGGACAUCGCCUGAUUAUGCGCGGCGCCCACCUCACCGCCCAAGAAAUGCUCACUGCGUUUGCCUCCCACAUCCAGGCCAGGGCCGCGGCAGAGAGUGGGGACAAGCCUGUAGCUGGUGCUGGGCGCUGACAGCGCGUAAGAGACCAACAAGCAGAUUUUAGCUUGGGACUUACUAGGACACUUAUCCAAGAAAAGCUUAACUUAAUCACUCAAAUCAUUAUCUUCAAGGCCACAGAGAGCCCUCCUCGCCCCCCCGCGUCACCGCCCCCCCCCCAAAAAAAAAGAGUCCUGUGACUACAGAUCUAACCAGUGCUUCUAGGGUAUGUCGGGAUGUGGGAGGGAACAAGUCGGGAUGCGGGAUGUGGGCAAACUUAAAUUUAUUGCGAUUUCUAACUAUCACUCACUGCUUAACCGUUUGAAUUUUACUUCUCGACCACUCACUCACUCAAGGUACCUCUUAAACUUAUUAGCUAAAUCCAGUGCUGUUUUCUCAGUCCUCAUCCUUCCAUCUCAGUACCACUUGCCUGUAGAACUUUUUCUUCCUUUUUCUUCUCUUAACCAUAAAGGUACACUUUUUCUUUUCUGUCUUUGGGGCAUCUCAUCUUCUGACAUAACUUGAACUGCCCUCUUAGGUUAAACCCUGCAUUUCUGUUUGGAUCUAAUCUCAACUUCUGUGCUAUAGUCAGGUACUCCUGAUUUUCUCCAAAUCCCACCAACAUUCUUUAUCCAAAAUAAUGAUAAUCUCACAUACACAUAUAUUUGCCUCUCCUCCUGACUUCCCCAUUCCUUUUAAAGACACUUAAUCUACUUCUUCCACCUUGGCUGGAAACCACAACAUUACCUCUAGUUCUGCCCUCUCCUUUUCCCUCAUAUCCAGUUGGAAAGUUCAGAAUAUUCUAUCUUAAACUAAAGCUCCUGAAAUGUUCUCUUCAUUCCCUUUUACUCUCCUGUACUGUUACAUUUUCCUUCCCUAUCUCCUUUUUUCUCAUCAUUUUUGCUGCUGCUUAAUUUUGCCUUUCCAAAGCAUAUCACUGGUUACGUCUCACUACUACUUGUUUCAGGAAACAGUGCCAAAAGUUCUUUUCAUACUGAGUUACCAGUGGAUCAUAAAAUCAAUUAGGGGGUUAAAUCAGCCUUUCAUAAACAAAGUAAAAUAUAAUAAAAAGUAUCAGUGCAUGGCACAUGGAAUGGGAAGUAUUAUUUUAAGAAACUUGUUGUUUGGAAUAUAAUUGUACACAUGUAUAUAACCUAUAUAUGUGUAUACAUAGAUAUAUAUUACAUAAAGUACGUGUGCAUGUGUUGUAUCUGCAUGUACUUGGUUGCAAUACAGAUUCUUUUUAAUGUGGGUUAUAAGAAAAGAUGGUUGCUAGCCACUGGUUUAGAGAACUUUAGAAUGUUCUGCCAGGCAAUCAAGGAUCUCUCCAGACACUGCCAGCUGGGUGCUUUGCCAAAAACAUUUUCCAUGACUCUCCUACAACAUUACUAUACUGCUUCUAUACCUAAAAGUGUGCUAUAUUAAAAGGGCUGUUUUCCCCCUCCCCCUUCAAAAAACCAAAACUACCAUGAGGCAGUAUAGUGUAGUAAAAAUCCAGGAUGCCUGAAGUUGAUGUAACUUUGGAAAAAUUAGUCUCUCAGUGCCUCUUUUCUCAUUUGUAAAAUGAGGACAACAGAAUCUACCUUGUAAGACUGUUGAGAAGAUUAAAUGAAUUGACAUCUGUUAAAUACCUAAAGCAUUACUGGGAAUGAAAUGUUAUAUAUAAGUGGC